AGCUGUUUUUUCUCGCAGCGGGUAGCCCUGUCCCUGACCUGACCCUGACCCGUGCGUUGCGCCUCCUCGCAGACGGCGCCAGGAGCCGCCUCCUCGCCUUCUCGCCAUCGGCCGGCGGCGACGGUGGCUGCUUCCCCGAGCCCGCAGGUAGACCACCUUUAGUUGGUUCCUCGAGUCUUCACCUGGUGCUUCAGUUUGCAGCUUCAUUUUUAAGAUGUCACAAGCCAGGGAAGUGAGGUACACUGCACGGUCUAUUACACCUCCUGCUGAUAGAAAUGGCACCUCAAGCUCGCCUCCUCCAAAGAGACGCAGCCCUUCAAGGUCACCUCCACCAAAGAGUGCUUCACGGUCCCCACGUCCAAGGAGUCCAAAGAGACGCAGCACUUCAAGGUCUCCUCCUAGGAGACGUGGUAGAUCAAGGUCAAGGGAUAGAAGUCGGUCCAGGAGCCCAGAUGAUAGAAAUCCAGGGACUAACCUUUAUGUGACUGGGUUGUCUACUCGUGUAACUGAAGAAGAUCUUCAGAAGUUCUUUAGUAAAGAAGGAAAGGUUAAAAACUGUCAUGUUGUUCUUGAUCCUAGGACAAAAGAAUCCCGUGGUUUUGCCUUCGUGACUAUGGAUACUCUUGAAGAUGCAAGACGCUGCAUCAAGUAUCUGCACCGCACUGUACUUGAAGGUCGCCUGGUCACUGUAGAGAAGGCUAAAAGAACUCGCGAAAGGACCCCAACUCCUGGAAAAUACUGUGGUCGAAGAGGAGGAUCUCAAAGGAGCCCAUCACCUUACCGCCCUCGCAGAAGGGAGCGAUCCCGCUCAAGGGAACGCAGAAGGGAGCGGUCCCGUUCAAGGGAUCGAAGGGAACGGUCUCGCUCAAGGGAACGCCGGAGGGAGCGGUCCCGCUCAAGGGACCGGAGGGAGCGGUCUCGCUCAAGGGACCGCCGGAGGGACCGGUCCCGUUCAAGGGACCGCAGAAGGGAGCGCUCACGCUCAAGAGACCGCAGGGGCAGUUCACCCCAUGACAGAAGGCGUGGAGACCGGUCCAGAUCACCCACCACGAAUGGGAACCGUAAGGCAGACUAGGAAGCGCUUCCCUAGUAUGGAACCUUUUCGUUUCGAGACUAGUCGUGAUUGUGUGAACAAUGGAACUUGUAAUUGCUACCUUCAAAUGGUCUGACUGAGACGAUAGCAUGGGUUGUAGUGGUGUUGCUGUAUUUUAUUGUUGUUUCAUUAAAAGUACUCUAUUAUGUUAGCUUUGGAUCGAAAUAUCGAAUGAUUUUGUUUGUUAUUGUUUAUGAAACUAUGACAUUCUUGUGUGUUUGCUUAA